CAUUCUCUCUCUCUCUCUGAAAUAGUGCAUUUCCAUUUAUUCUAUCUGUGAAUUUUUGCAGGUUGUCCGUACCAGUCUUAUGCCUGGCAUAUUGAAAACCAUUGGGCAUAAUAAAGACCACCCAAAACCAAUAAAGAUUUUUGAAGUGGGUGAUGUGGUGCUACUCGACGACACAAAAGAUGUUGGUGCAUCAAAUCGCCGUCAUCUUGCAGCUUUGUAUUGUGGAGCUACUUCAGGAUUCGAGCUUAUACAUGGUCUUGUGGAUAGAAUCAUGGAAGUGGCAGGAACCUCAUUCGUACCACCUGGGGAUGAAACUGGCUACUAUAUACAGAGUUCAGAUGAACCCGAGUUUCUUCCAGGCCGACAAGCGAGCAUCAUUUACAAAGGGAAGCAAAUCGGCACUUUUGGCAUUGUGCACCCACAGGUGUUGGAUAACUUCGAUAUUCCAGACCCAUGCUCCUACGUGGAACUCAACAUUGAGAACUUCUUGUAGAGGGACAAAUUCUUAUGUUUUGUUAUUUCGACCAAUCACAAAAUUUUUAUUACAAUAAGUCAACCUUCAUUUUCAUGACUUGUAUGACAAUACCUCGUUUCAUCUUAGAAUGCCAUGUCGUAAUUAAUGCUGCCUUUUCGGCCUUCAUUGUAAUGCACUUCACAAUUGUCUGAGAAAAUAACUGCCUCGAAGCAUUGGAAAACAAGAGAAUUAUUAUUA